AUGCGGCGGUCCGGCCUACAACGAGAAGUGCUCAAACUGUACCGUCAGUGCCUGCGCGCGGCGGGCAAGAAACCUGAGGCUACGCGAGACAAUUUUCGCAUGGUGGCACGCCGAGAAUUUCGCAAGAACCAGAUGGUCGACAAGAAAGAUUUCGCCGCCGUCGAGACUCUGCUCCGCAUGGGGUCUCGCAAACUCGAGCUCUAUUCGUCGGAAGGGGUCAAGGACAUCCAUUGA